AUGGCUUUAUCAUUCAUCUUGGGUUUCGCGGCCGCAGCCCUCGUGCUGCAGGUCAUGCGUAUGGCAUUCAACUCAUGGCAACACUCGCGCAAUGCGAAGCGUCUAAGCUGUGGCAGUGUGCCAAUGUAUCCGUGCAAGGAUCCUUUUGGAAUCGGCAACCUGAGACGGUCCCUGGCGGCAGACAAGGCCAAACUGUUACCUGAGUUGGCCGAGAAGCGCUACAAGGUCAUCAGUGAUCAGGAGAAGCGUUAUGUCACGACAUUCUGCUUCCGCAACCUCGGUCGAACCCACAUAUCCACCGCCGAUCCGAAGAACGUCCAAGCCAUUUUAGCUACACAGUUCAAGGACUUCGACCUUGGUCCUAUCCGUCAGAUUAGCAUGCAUCCGCUGCUGGGCACUGGUAUUUUCACCGCCGACGGAGAGGAAUGGAGCCGCUCCCGUGGCCUACUUCGACCUCAGUUCACCCGCGAGCAAAUCAGUCAAUUGGAAUUGGAAGAGAGCCAUGUACAAAAAGCCUUCCAAGCUCUGCCCGUCGCGGCCAACGGAUGGACCGCCACAACUGACAUCCAGUCCAUCUUCUUCCGUUUGACUAUCGACUCCGCGACAGAAUUCCUAUUCGGUGAAAGCGUCGAGAGCCAGCUCGGCGCUCUAAACGGCCUGGACAGACCCGAAGACUCCUUCGCCGCCUACUUCGACAAGUCCCAAUGGGUCUGCGCGCAGCGACUUCGCUUCGAGAAAUUUUCCUUCCUCGUUGAGAACAAGGAAACCAGGUUCUCCGACAAGAAAGUGCAAUCCUUCGUCGACGGAGUUGUCUCAAAAGCCCUAGCAGCCUCCCAGCCUGAAAAUAAAGUCUCCCCUAAUGAAAAAUCAUCCUACGUCUUCCUCGAAGCCCUCCUUGAAGUAACCCGCGACCCAGUCGAGCUCCGCUCCCAACUCCUCAACAUCCUGCUCGCCGGCCGCGACACGACAGCCUCCCUUCUAAGCUGGACAUUCCUCAUGCUCGCCCGCCACCCACACGUCUUCACCAAACUCCGCGAAACCAUCAUCUCAAACUUCGGCACCUGCUCCAACCCCCAGAACAUCACCUUUACCACCAUGAAAUCUUGCCAGUACCUGCAGCACGUGAUGAACGAAGUGCUACGUCUGUACCCAGUGGUCCCCUUCAACAGCCGCACCGCAGUCCGCGACACGACCAUCCCAAGUGGCGGCGGCCCAGACGGCCAAGACCCCGUCUACAUCCGCAAAGGUCAGAUGGUCUUCUACAAGACGCAUGUUAUGCAUCGACGAAAGGAUCUAUGGGGCCCUGACGCAGAUCAGUUUAAGCCUGAGCGCUGGAUGGAAUGUAGGGCUGGUUGGGAGUAUAUUCCCUUUAACGGUGGGCCGCGAAUCUGUAUUGGACAGCAGUUUGCACUUACUGAGGCUGGAUAUGUUAUUGUGAGGCUUUUGCAGCGCUUUGACAAGAUUGAGGACGUUUAUCCCAAUCAGAAGAUUCGAUAUGGUCUCAAUUUGACUAGUGCGCCUGCUGACCUGGUUACUUUGCGCUUACACCAGGCUGAGGAUGCGUGA